AUGGGCAGUGCCAGCCCCGGGCUGACCGCUCUGCCCCCCGGCCGCCUCUCCUGGCCGGACCCCGCGCUGCUGCCACCCCCGCGGGACCCCGACCCCCGCAGCUGGGGCUGUCCGGAGAGCCCCAGCCCUCCCAGCACCCCCGAGCAGCCCCUGCCAGCCUUCUGCCUGCACUACUUCGACAUGCUCUACCCGGAGGACACGGCCUGGGCCACCAAGGGCGCCGGGGAAGCGUCGCACAGCAGCGGCCAGGGCGGGCGGGAGGAGGCGCGGAAGGAGCCGGAGCAAUGUCCCAUCAUCGACAGCCAGGGCCUGGGGCUGGGGCCCGAGGGGGACCUGCAGGACAGCCUGCACCUGGAGGAGCACUCGCUGGAGCAGGUGCAGAGCAUGGUGGUGGGCGAGGUGCUGAAGGACAUCGAGACAGCCUGCAAGCUCCUCAACAUCGCCGCAGACCCCACGGACUGGAGCCCCGGCAAUGUGCAGAAGUGGAUCCUGUGGACGGAGCACCAGUACCGGCUGCCGCAGAUCGGGAAGUCCUUCCAGGAGCUGUCGGGGAAGGACCUGUGUGCCAUGUCCGAGGAGCAGUUCUGCCAGCGCUCGCCCGCCUGCGGCGACAUCCUGCAUGCCCACCUCGACAUCUGGAAGUCUGCCGCCUGGAUGAAGGAGAAGGCUGCCCCUGGAGAUAUGAGAUACUACGGAGGUGACACCAGCUUGGCCGACAGCGAGGUGGACUCGUCGUGCGCCGGCCAACCCAUCCACCUGUGGCAGUUCCUCAAGGAGCUGCUGCUGAAACCGCACAACUACGGGCGCUUCAUCCGCUGGCUCAACAAGGACAAAGGCAUCUUCAAGAUCGAGGACUCGGCACAGGUGGCCCGGCUGUGGGGCAUCCGCAAGAACCGCCCUGCCAUGAACUACGACAAGCUGAGCCGCUCCAUCCGGCAGUACUACAAGAAAGGAAUCAUCCGCAAGCCCGACAUCUCCCAGCGCCUCGUCUACCAGUUCGUCCACCCGGUCUGAGGGCGGCGGGACCGGCUGAGCGCCGGGAGGGACGGGGGAAUUUCGCUGCCUCCCUCUGCCCCAGCCACAGAGACCCUCUGCCAGCAGCAAGGACCUUGGCUGAGGGAUGAGGCUUUCCCUGCCAGGACCUGCUGGCAACGGACAAAGGGACACCUCCAGCAGGCCCUGGUGCAGGGCAAGGACCAUGCAGAACACUCGUGUACAGUGGGAUGGGUGGGCACGGUGGCUGGGCUUGUGGCCCUUCCUCUCCUCCCUCCCACGCUCUGGCUGCAGGUGGCUUCACCCCAGCCAUUGUUCAGGGAGGAAAAAGCCUGGGGUGUGACUGAGACAAUGGUACCCACAGGGACAGGGACACCCUCAGGGACAGGGACACCCUCAGGGACAUCCACUGCUCCUCAUGGUGGGGUCCUGUCCCAAUCCCUGUGGGAGCAGCCUGGCACCAACCCAGGGUGCUGCCUGCCAUGGGAGCUGUGCCACUGGGGACCUUGGCACCUCACUGGGACAGGUGCAUCCCCUCCUUUGCUUUACACUCCAGGACACGCUCAGCUUCUCCCCUUCACAGAGAUUUGGGGCUGCAAAUGGGAGUUCUGCAAAGGGGGCAGCUGUAAAUGUGGGUGUGGGGCUGUGCACAGUGGGGACCCCCCAAGCUGGGUCCCCCAUCCUUGUGCAUGGAGCCACCAAAAUCCUCCUUGGACCCCAGGUUCUGUGCUCUGGCACAAAACUCUUCCCUAGAUUGAGAUUUUACUUGGACUGCCUGAUCCUGGAGUUUGGGGAAAUGGAGGUGGCAGCUUUGCCAUUUCCCUCUGGACAAUAAAUCCAGACUGUGAUCCGCCGAGGCUGGGCUGGGGCAGAGAGCUGGGAAUUGCUUCACCUGCUCAUUGCACCACAGUCAGAGUUACCUGGCAAUGUUGAUCUUUUAUAUUAUAGGGUUUUUUAUUUGUUUAUUUGCUUUUCGGUUUUGGCUGGUGAUGAGUCGUGGUUGAGGUGCAAAUGCCGAGGGGUGGCCCCGGCUUCCAGGGAUGUUCUGUGGGAGCUUAAAAGGAAAAACACCUGGUUCUUGGUCUCCUGGUUUGUUUUUUUUUUUCUUUAAAAAAUCUACUGGUGCCAGCUACUGCCUUUCCCUUCUGUUCUUGCUCCAUGCUGCUCCCAGAGCAGCAGAUCCGGACAGCCCUGCUCACAUCCUGGCGGGAGGGAUGCAGGGCAGGGAGGG